AGGAGGGUCCCGGCGUGUGCCUCUGUCGGGGAGGGGCCCGCGCGCACACACAUUAAUGUAAUAAACCGCCAGUACAUCUGCUGAGCUAUCUGCACAUCCUCCAACGAAAUCCACCAAACCCAGCCUCAGAGCCCUCCCACAAUAAAAUCCACUGGGAUCUUGGUUUCAUCCCAUUGGUCGGGGAUGCUGCAACGGGGGGGCGAGAACAAUAGCAUCAUUCCGGCAUAAAAAGAGUGGAGCUAUGCCUUGGAGACGAAAACAUUUCAGCAACAGAAGGAUCGACUGGGGAGAUAAAGUCCCAUCAGCUUUUGGUGUUGCCAUAUUGUCCAACAAACCUGGAUACUUCAGACUCCAUCCGCCUUCCCGAAGUGCCUUUCCGCUGCCGCUCGCCAAGAUGCCCAAAGGAUUCCUGGUAAAAAGAAACAAGAAAUCUGCACAUGUUUCCUACAGGAGCCGCUCAGAGGAGGAUGAUCUCCAGGAGCUACCCACCCCAGUUGCCUUGCCGAGUCAUACGGACCCCUCCCCGCCGAUGUCCGUGGCGUCCAGUCCGGACCGCACCUCCGCCUCGCCGGAUUUCACCUCAGCCGUCGCGCCGGUGCCAAGACUGGAGAAGCCGGCGCAGUUCGGUAACCCAGAGACAGUGUGCCAAGCCCUCUACAGCCCCACCCGACCCAUCAGCAAGGAGCACGACAGGGAAUAUUUUGAGCGAAGUUUCAAUCUGGGCUCGCCAAUUUCUGCCGAGUCAUUCCCCACAACCGCCUCCCUGUCCGGACUGGAGCAUCUCCUGUACGCUCCGGUGGAUCUGAAAAUCGGCACCAGCAACAGCAGCUGCAGCGGUACCCACCACCACCCCGCCUCCUCCACCACUUCCGCCGCCACCACCAGCAGCACCAGCAGCAGUAGCAGCAGCAGCAUCUCGGGACCAAACAACCGGGUUGCCACCAAACGACCCGCAGAUGGAGCAGAGCGCAAACCCAAACCCGCCUCAAAGAAACCCAAAGCCAUUAGAAAACUCCACUUUGAAGACGAGGUGACCACGUCUCCGGUGCUGGGGCUGAAAAUCAAAGAGGGGCCGGUGGAGGUGAAGCCGAGGGCGCAGACCUCCGGGGGCAACAAGCCGUUGGGGGAAUUUGUGUGCCAGCUGUGCAAGGAGGCGUACGCGGACCCCUUCUCCCUGGCUCAGCACAAAUGCUCCCGCAUCGUCAGGGUCGAGUACCGGUGCCCCGAGUGCGACAAGAUGUUCAGCUGCCCGGCGAACCUCGCCUCUCACCGCCGCUGGCACAAACCCCGGACCACCGGCGUGCCUCCGAUCCUCCCGGCGCCGGGCGUCAAACCCGACGCCGGCAAAGCCCCGCUGGGCGUCAAGUCGGUGUCCGACGAAGCCAAAGACAUGAGCGACAGAGACACCCCGAGUCCAGGACUGUCCGAAUCCGGUUCUGAGGACGGCUCGUAUGACUGCCAGUUCUGCGGGAAGAGGUUCAAGCGCCAGGCGUACCUACGAAAACACAUCAUGGGACACCAAGCGCUGCAGAGCAAAGUGCUGGAGGAGCACGGGUUUCAAACCAGCGACCGAGCAGCAGCCGAGCAAGCUCCGGUGUCAGCCCCCUCCUCCUCCACCUCCUCCUCCUCAGCAUCAUCUUCAGCAUCCUCAGAGGAAGCCUCAAACCAAAGCCCCCUGAAUCUGAGUCCGGUGGACCGCCUGCUGUGCCCGGUGUGCGGAGAGAGCUUCACCAGCAGGGCCGGCCAGGAGCGACACCUGCGCCUCAUGCACUCCUCCCAGAUCUACCCGUGCAAAUACUGCCCCGCCACUCUCUACAGCUCACCGGGGCUCACCAGGCACAUAAACAAGUGCCACCCCUCGGAGAACAGGCAGGUGAUCCUGCUGCAAAUGCCGGUGCGCCCCGCCUGCUAAAGACCAAGCAGAACUUGUGCCUUUGAUUGGAGAGGAAAGAUAAAAAUACAAUUAAAUUUAAACAAGUGGCUUUGGGUUAGAAAAUAAAAAAUAAAAAAGUUUGCUCACUGCCAUAACUUUAGGCCAAUGAAAGGCAGGGCUGUUUGAUGUUUUAAUGUCGUUUCCAUGCCAAUCAGUGAUUGUUGAAUGCUUGUCUCUAUAUUUGAACUACUUAUAGGCCUAUUUUGAGAUUUGAUUUCUCAAAUUAGUUUAUCAAGUGGAUAAAAAUGAAAACAAAGCGUUAGUUUGACUGUUAAAGGGUAUUUUUCUAGGACAGCACAUGCUCAACGAUAGCUUCUAGACCUAAGAAAUGUCUUCAAUUCUCAGAAAUCCUUUUUUGUCCCUCGUUUCCAUCAGUCUGGAUUCACCGUGUUUGCUUCAUCACUGCAGCUUGUUUGUGAAUGACACGACUUUUAUCAAACUUAGGGGAGAAAAGAAGAGGAAAGUGUGACUGAAGAAUUCACUGUUAAGUAGAACCACAAAUGCCUUUAGAGUACAGAUAAUUCUAGUCUGAAAUAGCCUACAUACAUCCAAAUCCCGCUGUAAAACUGCCUUAAAAAAGUCAACAUAGAUUGUUUUUAAUUUUCGAUGCUGGCACAUAUUUUAUUAUUAUUAUUGAAAAUUGUUGCAAUAUUUUCCAUCAUAUUUAUUUAUUUAUUCUAAUUAUUUUAUGUAACUUAUUAUUAUUAUUGUGAUUUUCUCAUGUGAAUCGUUCUGGCAGUUUACAUGUCGUAUAGCCAAAAUAUUUUUUUCUUCUUUUUUUUGGUUAAAUUUUAUUAGUUGUGCUAAUUGUCGUGGGUCGGGUUUUAAUCUUCAAUCUUUACAGCUCUUGUUUGGAAAAAAGAAAGAAAAAAACGUAAAGCUCUUACCUUAGAUGCAAUCUUUUUUAAGGACAAGUUAUUUUUCUUAAUGUUGGCUUUUAUAGCGCUUUGAUUGUAUGUGUAUAUCGUUGGUGUCUAUCGAAAUAAAAAUAUUUUCAAAAGGA